AUGACACAGCAGUAUAACGAUGCUGCCGCGCUGAGCACCGGCGAGCUGCUUAGGCGGGCGGUCACUCCAUUUCCCGGCCGACUGAAGAUUGCUCAUGUGAAUGCACAAUCCCUCCUCUGUCACAUCGACGAAUUCAGGCAUGUAUUCGGAGGCCAGGAUUGUGACGUUGUCUUGGUAUCGGAGUCUUGGCUGAAACCUGACGUUUCAAAUAGGCUUGUGGAACUUGAUGGGUAUGUACUCCUUCGUAACGAUCGCUUACAUAAAAACGGUGGAGGUGUUGCUGCGUUUGUUAAGCGCGCCUUGCUGCCGAGUCAUAAGUAUUCAUCCGAUUCAUCGAUUCCAAAUAGACCCGAAUACAUGUUCCUUGAAAUUAAAUCUCAUAAUGUUAAAAUGCUGAUUGGAGUAUGUUAUCGACCACCUCAUAUAGGAUUCAUGAGUGACUUUGGAGAUACCCUGUUGCGUCUCAUGCUGCCGUACAGCCAUAUAGCUGUAAUGGGAGACUUUAACACUGACUUACUAGGACGUGACACCUAUGACAAGACUCAACUCACGACUAUGUUUUAUACUGGUGGCAUGACCCUGCUCCCCCUCCAGGCGACUCAUCAUACCGCUACGUCUGAUACGCUCUUGGACCUGAUUGCUGUUUGUGAUGAGCGGUCGGCUGUUGGCCAUGGGCAGAUCCCUUUCCCUGCACUGUCUGCUCAUGAUAUGGUUUACCUUGUAUAUGGCUUAAAAAGUCCCAAACAGAAGCCGAAAAUCAUUGAAUACAGAGAUUACAAAAACAUCAACUACCAUGAGUUAUUCAAUGAGGGGAUGACAUUGAACUGGCAAACCAUUUACGCAACUAAUGAUGUUAAUUACAUGGUGAAUGAGUUGCAUAAUGGUGUAUCCUAUUUAUUCAAUAAGUAUAUUCCACUUGUGCAGCGCAGAGUGACAAGGGAUCCUGCUCCAUGGAUUUCAAGAGAAAUACGUCGGAUGAUGGCCGAGCGCGAUCGGUGUAGUAGAGUUGCACGACGCACAAAGAGCUCUGUGGAUUUCAAUAGCUACAAGCGAAUGAGAAAUUUGUGCAAGCAGACCAUCAGAAACGCCAAAUCCAGAUAUUUCCAAAAUCUGAUCUCCUCUGCUGGUUCAUCUGCUUGUAAGUGGCGUAGACUGAGGUCUGUUGGAGUUGGUGGAGAGGGGGGCGGGCCUGUUGUGUCUCACUCACUGGACGAUCUCAACAACUUUUUUACUGACAUACCAGUUGGCUUGGAUCGUGCCCAUGACUACAUCAACUCUUUGCCAGCUCAAGUAACUGGAGAGCCAUUCUACUUUUCAUGUGUCUCAGCAAGUGACGUUUUGGCCGCUGUACUGAAAAUAAAGAGCAAUGCUAUUGGGGCUGAUGAUCUACCAUUGAAAUUCAUAAAAUUAUGCUUCCCCUCAUACUUCCCUUCAUCACCCACAUCAUAA